AUCGGACGGGAACCCAAGUUAUAGUUGCCAAGAGAUCGAUGACCUAAUGUCCGCUACGUGGCGUAUGGGUGACCCAACCCGGUUGUGGCCCGAGGAGGACGAGGAACUCCAACAGUUUUGCUUAAACACUAUUGGAUAUAAUGAUAAAAUAGUUGAAUAUUUUGAUGAUAUAUUUCCCGAUAAUAAUCACUUGCGGGUAAUGGUUCGGCUGAUGUGUUCGGAACACAUGAGUCUAUUGAUGAGUUUCUGCAAAAACAAGACCCAACGUCAGCAGACUGUCCAACUGAUGCGCCAAAUGAACCAAUCAGUCAAACAACAGGAACUCAUACGGGAUACGUAUGUCAAUCGACUACAACAAGCUAGCGAACCGGACAGUCGGUCAACUUUUGAGCAAAUGUUAGAGUGGACAAAAGAGUACGAUGCUAAUACUGUUUCAUCGAUUAAAAAUAAAAAUGGACGCAAACUAUUGGGCAAUUUGCUUAAAAAAUAUAGAUACUUGGUCAAUUUUUAUAUUGAAAAUGUUAAAAUUAAUAAAAAACGAUCAACAAAAACAACAAAACGUAUGAAAACAAAUCCCUGUCCCAGUGAUUGGCGACCCUAUAGUGUUGGCUAUGCCCAGGCUAUGGCCUUUCAGCGUAUUAUUUCACGUUAG